AAAUAAACACACACAUAUUAUUAUUCAAUAAAAUCUGAGAAUAUAUACGAUUAUCUAGAUCUUCUAGGAAUAAAUCAUUGUCAAAAUCAUUCCAUAAAUUGGGGUAAAAAUAAUUAUUCCACCAUUAUGACCAACAGUGUAUAAUUUGGCCUAAACAAUGAUACAUGUACACUGUAGUUUAAAUCGACAAUCAUAUUUUGACCGUCACUCUUCUUAACAUAGGGAAAAAAGGAUACUGCGCAGAAUGGAUCGGAAGACAUUGACAUCACUUAUUCUCGUCGUGACGAUUUGCUUGUCGUGGGCCCAUAAAUUAGGUUCGUCUGACGAUGGUUCUCCCGUUCUCACUCGAAAUAAACGGAACCUUGUGCAGUUCCUUGGUAUGAUUGAAUGCGCCACCGGUAGCUCGGGCUGGGAUUACAAUAAUUACGGUUGCCACUGCGGUUUUGGUGGGGGAGGAACCCCGGUGGAUGCAACAGACAGAUGCUGCGAGGCCCAUGACAAAUGCUAUGAUGAUGUCAUCGCAGAUAAUAGCCUCGGCUUGUUUGGGUUUUGCAGCCCGUAUUUGGUCACAUACAAGUGGAGCAGCAGCAGCUGUACAUGCAUUACCGGCGGGUGGACGAACACGGAAUGUAAGAAAAGAACUUGCAAGUGUGAUAAGGAUGCGGCAGACUGCUUCGCUCAAGCUAAGGAGACUUACGAUGGAGAAAAGUACAAGGGCUACGACAAGGAUAACUGUUCUUAAGAUCCCAAUCCAACUCCGACUCCAACUCUGACCCCAACUCCAAGUUCUAGUCAUACUCCCAUCUUGACCCCUCUUUUAGCAAAUAUUUGUUAAAUUACUUAUUAUUACUAUUAUUAUUAUUGUUAUUAUUAUUAGGCAUUUAGCUACGAUAUUCAUAGUACACUAUAUCACAGCGCUUACAAUAAUAUAAUAUUUUGUUUUGUAUCAUCACACUUAAAACCAGGCGGGAUCAAUAACAGAGGCGGUGCGGGGAUGGGGUUGGGGAAAUAUGGCCCAUUUUUGGCAGGUAUACUACAUCUACUUAAAACUUAAAAGUGCCCCUCUCUUUUUUAUCUUUUUUUUUUUUUACAUCUGAUAAAAUGCCCUUUUUUAUUUAUACCAAGUGCACUUAUCCUUCAUGUUAUGUGCCUAUUUAGAUUCCUUUUUUGAAUGUGCCUAUUGUACUUUUGAUGAUUGCCCCCUUUUUCUUCUUUUUAUUACAUCAAUAGCCGCAUAUUCCACGGCAAAAUUCUUGAACUUUACUAUUAAUAGCUUAAGAGGAAAAAAAAUGGAAUCUGUUUUUACUUGAAGUGGGGGUUGAAAAAGAAAGUGACUAGUUCAUGAUACCGGGAUCUGUUCAGCGUUGUAGUCCCUUUUGCCUGGAGUUGGGAAAGGGAGUUAUUAAUCUGUAGA